AUGCCUGAACAGCUCAAAGAUCCAAAGGAGUACCAGAAUAUCUUCCACUGGGCGGAGACGCAGAAGGACGGAGCGAUACCUUCCUUCGGCACGAGGAAGAAUGAUCCAUAUGAGUACCAAUCUGGGUUCGGCAACAGCUUCGAAUCAGAAGCAGUGCCAGGAACUAUUCCAAAAGGCCAGAACAACCCCAGAAGCGUCAGAUUCGGACUGUAUGCGGAGCAGAUGACCGGCUCCUCUUUCGUCGCUCCCAGACAUCUGAACAAGAAGGCCUACCUAUAUAGGGCGCGUCCGGCCGUUGCGCAUCAAGGAUUUACCGACCUCCCCGAUAACGAAGAUACCGAGUCAAACUACCUCCCCGUGAACAAGCGCGUUCAUGUCUCGCCCACACAGCUAGCAUGGCUUCCGUUCGAUACCCCCACAGAUGGCGAUGUUGACUUCAUCUCUGGUCUCAAGAGUAUCGCUGGCUCUGGCGACCCGACACUCCGCGAAGGAUUAGCUGUCCACACGUACCUCUGCAAUGCGAGCAUGAACAAGAGGGCGGCGGUGAACUCGGACGGUGAUUUCUUGAUCGUGCCUCAGCUAGGAGCCUUGGACAUCCAGACCGAGUUUGGGCCUAUGUAUGUGCAGCCAGGCGAGAUUUGCGUCAUCCAGCGAGGACAGCGAUUCAGGGUCAAGGUUGAAGGACCAACGCGGGGUUACAUUCUCGAAAUCUGGGGUUCGCAGUUCCAGCUCCCUGAACUCGGUCCUCUCGGCGCGAACGGACUUGCUAACGCUCGGGACUUUUUGCACCCGGUCGCGAAGUACGAGAUUGAGCAAGAGUCGUGGGAGAUUGUGUACAAGCUCGCUGGCAAGUUCUUCGUCAGCAAACAGGAGCACUCACCGUUUGAUGUUGUUGCAUGGCAUGGAAACUACGUACCGUACAAGUACGAUCUGACCAAGUUCGUCAACGUCGGUUCGAUUUCGGUUGACCAUAUCGAUCCAUCCAUCUUCUGCGUCAUCACCGCACCUUCGCGCGACCCCGCAGCACCGCUUGCAGACUUUUUGAUCUUCAGCCCGCGCUGGGAUGUUGCUUCACACACCUACCGACCACCUUACUACCACCGGAAUGGAGCAUCUGAGCUCAUGGGUCUGAUCUAUGGCGAGUACGCAGGACGCUCGGAUGAGUUCCAGCCGGGAGGCAUCAGCUUCGAGUGCGGUUUCGUACCCCACGGUGUCGCUUACGAAGAGUUCAAAGCGGCAAGUGCAGCGCCGCCGCCUGAGAUGCAGAUUUCCAAGGGCGCCGUCGCGUUCAUGAUGGAGAGCUCGAGGAUGUUCACCAUCACCGACUGGGCGUGGAACAGCAAGAAGAAGCACGAGCACGACCCAAAGAUGUGGGACAACCUCGUCGACAACUUCUCGAAGCACAAGGAUGAAGUUGAGAAGAUCUUGGCUGAAGGUGUAAAGAAGCUAUAA